GCGAUUAAUUAGUCCUCAUAAACAAUUACAUCUUUAUCAUACGUGACAAGACUAAAACCCCUGUAGAAAACUUGGAACAUAUGUUGAGGGGAGAUAUUCAAAAGAUUUGGGAUUCUGUUCAAAAAUCACUUGAGCAUAUAAAUACUCCGCUUAGUGAAUUUUUUAAUGUAGAAGUUGUUGCCCUUUCAAGUUUUGAAGAAAAGGAAGAACAAUUCAAGGAACAGGUUAUGAUUGCUAUUGUUCGCUGUGAAGAAAUUGCAAAUGCAAAAAUUGAUUCUUUCUUGAAUAAUGAGGAGUGGUGCCACCUUGAAGAGGCGGUACAAAAUGGUAUUGUUCCAGAUUUUGCGAAGAAACUCAGCUCUAUAUUGGAGAACUGCUUGAUUGGUUAUGACAAGGAAGCUUUAUAUUUUGAUGACAGUGUUAGAACCUUAAAGCGACAACAAUUGGAAUCAAAACUUUUUCAGGUAUUUUCACAAAAAAAGUUUUAUGAGUUGAUUUCAUACCAAUAUUUAGUUUGGAUUUCAAUCUUGUGAGAAAAUUAGGGAAUCAAAAAGCACGGUGAAUAUACUAAGUUUCUCAUAAAAGGACAAGCUUCUCUAGUUUCCCCAAUAUAAUUGAUCUACAUUCUUCCUUUUUCAUUGUUCUAAUGGUAAAUUGUUUUUUAGGAAA